UGAAAUUUGAUAUAAGUUACGUAAAAGUAGAGUUACGUGUUUAUUCUGACUUUUUAAUAUUAAAAAAAUGCUUACUCCUGAUGAAGUUGCGUGUGUUUAUUCAGCUCUAAUACUGCAAGAUGAUGAUAUUGCAGUUACGGCUGAAAAAAUAAACACUAUUCUGAAAGCGGCGGGGGUUGAUGUGGAACCUUAUUGGCCUACAUUAUUUGCCAAAGCUCUGGAGGGAGUAGAUUUGAAACAGCUUAUAACAAAUGUGAGUGCAGGUGUAGGUGGUAUGGGAGGUGGAGUUCCUGCAGCACCAGGAGCACCUGCUGCAGGAGCUGAAGCACCUGCAGCUAAAGAAGAAGCUAAGAAGGAAGAAAAGAAAGAGGAAAGUGAAGAGUCAGAUGAAGAUAUGGGUUUUGGACUUUUCGAUUAACUCUCAUCUGUGCAAAUAAUGGUAUGUUUAAACUGUUUCCUUGUGUGAUACGUUCGUUAUAAGAACAUCUCUGUGCAGAUAGUACAAAUGAAGUCUUGUAAAAAAGUAAAGAAGUUAGCUAUUUCACCAAGUUAAACCAUGUUUAUUACAUUAGUAUUUUAGACUAUGGAUGUAAAAUUGUUUUGCAAUAUUUGGAAUAGUAAAACAUUUCAUGUUAUUUGAAUUUAGAUUUCCUACAGUGUGUAAUAUUGUUAUUUGUUGAUUUUAGAAAUAAAAUUUAAAUUCCUCAGA